GGAUGGAACACUUCCUGUUGUGUACAGGAAAAAAUAUGAUGGCGGCCACAUAAAGCAACGUUUUAGCUUGAUUCUGUUCUCUGAAGCCUUCUUCUUCUGGAUCUUCACUGUUCAUUCAGAAACAUGACUGAACCACGCAACCCCGGGAUGUCCUCCGUCCCCCAGAGUAACCCCUCCCACACGGAGUCCAGCUCCCAAGCCGUAGAGAUGGAUCCAGUGGAGUACACCCUGAGGAAGCGUCUCCCCCGGAAACUUCCCAAGAGGCGGAACGACGUCUACGUUAACAUGAAGACCGACUUCCGGGCUCAGCUGGCGCGCUGUCAGAAGCUGCUGGACGGUGGCGGUCACAGGGAGAUCUGCGUCCACGGGUUGGGCCUCGCCAUCAACAGAGCCAUCAACAUCGCCCUGCAGCUGCAGGCCAGCAGUCAGGGCGCUCUGCAGCUGGCGGCCAACACCUCCACAGUGGAGCUCAUCGACGACCUGGAGCCGGAAGAUCCCGACGAGGCGGGGGAGCCCAUGACACGUACACGCAAUAACUCAGCCAUUCAUAUCAAAGUUUUCUAUCCUGAUCCCCAGUGACCUGAAGGUACUACCUGAUGUAUUUCUCUUGUUGGACAUUUUUUUGUUUGGACUCAUGGUUUUAAGUGCAGGAGGGCAUGCAUGUGUUUACAAGUGAAUCAUAUUGAAAUCCUCCUAUUUUCUACUUGUUUAAUGUAUAUUUGCCUGAUGAGGAGCAGAGGAAACACAUGUAAACAUGUACAGCUACUGAUAUAUUUCAUUGUCCACUGGUUUGCAUGUCUUUAAAAAUUCAUAGAAAAAAAAAUUAAUCUUUCAAAUGUUAAAGUGAGUGCUGUUACUGUUAAUGUCCACUAGAUGUCAGUGUUCAGCUCCAGUGAGUCUUUCAGCAGCUAAACGUCAAUGAAUCUAAUUGGCAAAAUGAUCAUUGUUUACAUUAUAGAGUUCAGCGAAGGGUCAGCGAGACUUGAACUGAAUUUAUUUGUUGCUUCUCCUUUAAAACAGAUUUCUGUUGUUUCCAUGAUCAAAACUGAACCACUUAAGAUUCUGUAUUUGGUUUAAUAAAAUAAAAGUUGCUUGAAACUUC